UCUGGGAACAGAAACUUACAGGCGGAGGCCGUGAGGAGAGGGCACGCCGCCUGGCUGGCCCCACCGCUAGCCCUCGGACUCCUAGGAGAGUCCCUGGGUCCCGGUGGAGAGUCCCCGGCCCGGCUCUCGGCUGCGCCGGCUGGCGGACACGCCCUCCCUAGCCCCGCCCUCGGCGCGCCUCGGGGAGCCCGCUCCGCUCCGGCUUCCACUAGCAGGUGGGGCAGCUGGCGCCGGGCCCGGGCUGGACAGCACCUGGGGGGCCAGGCGAGGCCGCCGCGGUGGACUCUCUCCCGGACCUCCGGCCCCCGCCGCGCCUCCUCCCAGCACCCCCCACUUGCCAGCCCCACCCGGGCCCCGGGCUCUCAGCGCCCAGCCCAGGAUGCGUCUCCCGGGAUGCCGGACCUCCUGCACCCAGCUCCACUGCCCUGCGUCGGCUCUCUCGAUCUCCGCCGGGUCCCCGACCUUCUCGAGACCUCCAGGGUGGCCGCAGUCCGGGCCCCUUCGAGGGACCCCGCGGCCCGUCCGGGGCCUCGUGCGGCCGCGGGCGCUCCGUCUCCGGCUGCUGGCGCUUCUGUGGGCUCUGCUGCCGCCGGCGCGCGCUCCGAGUCCCAGCGCGCAGGACGUGAGCCUGGGCGUGGACUGGUUGACUCGCUACGGCUACUUGCCGCCGGCGGAUCCUACCCAAGCCCAGCUGCAGAGCCGCCAGAGGCUGCAGGAUGCCAUCAAAGUCAUGCAGAGAUUUGCCGGGCUGCCCGAGACGGGCCAAAUGGACCCGGUGACAAUAGCCACCAUGCACAAGCCCCGCUGCUCACUGCCUGACAUCCUGGGGCCUGCCGGGCUGGUGAGGCGCCGGCGUCGCUAUGCUCUGAGCGGCAGCGUGUGGAAGAAGCGAACCCUGACGUGGAGCAUCCAGUCCUUCUCCCAGAGCUCGCAGCUGAGUCGGGAGACCGUGCGGACCCUCAUGAGCUAUGCUCUGUCUGCCUGGGCUGUCGAGUCAAACCUCACAUUCCAGGAGGUGGAUUCUCGGCAUCCGGAGCCUGACAUCCUUAUCCACUUUGCCCGGGCCUACCACCAGGACAGUUAUCCCUUUGACGGGCCCGGUGGUACCCUGGCUCAUGCCUUCUUCCCUGGGGAGCACCCCAUCUCUGGAGACACUCACUUUGAUGACGAGGAGACCUGGACCUUCAGGUCAGAAGAUGACAAAGGAAUUGACCUCUUUGCAGUAGCAGUUCACGAGUUCGGCCACGCCCUCGGGCUCGGCCACUCUUCUGCCCCCAGCUCCAUCAUGCGGCCUUUCUACCAGGGCCCAGUGGGCGACCCUGACAAAUACCGCUUGUCCCAGGAUGACCGUGACGGACUGCAGCAGCUCUAUGGAAAGGCGUCCCAAACUCCUUACGACAAGCCCACAAGGAAACCCCUGGCUCCGCCCCCCAGGCCUCCAGUCAUGCCCCCUGACAGCCCGUCCACGCCCGUGCCUGACCGCUGUGAGGGCAAUUUCGACGCCAUCGCCAACAUCCGAGGGGAGAUAUUCUUCUUCAAAGGCCCGUGGUUCUGGCGCGUCCAGCCCUCAGGACAGCUGGUGUCACCCCGGCCCGCUCGGCUGUACCGCUUUUGGGAGGGGCUGCCAACCCACGUGAAGGUCAUCCAGGCCGCCUACGCCCGACCCCUGGAUGGCCGAAUCAUUCUCUUCAGUGGCCCUCAGUUCUGGGUGUUCCGGGACCGGCAGCUGGAGGGCCCGGCGCGGCCCCUGGCUGAGUUCGGGCUGCCCCUGGGCGAGGAGGUGGAUGCCGUGUUCUCGUGGCCGCUCAACGGCAAGACCUACCUGAUCCGGGGCCAGCGCUACUGGCGGUACGACGAGGCGGCUGCGCGCUUGGACCCCGGCUACCCCCGCGCCCUGAGCCUCUGGGAGGGGGCGCCCCCCGCCCCAGACGAUGUCACCAAUGGCAACACAGGCGACACCUACUUCUUCAAGGGCACCCAUUUCUGGCGCUUUGCGAAGGGCAGUGUCAAAUCCGAGCCGGACUCCCCCCAGCCCAUGGGGCCCACGUGGCUGGACUGUCCCCACCCCAGCUCGGGUCCUCGAGCCCCCACCCCCCCGAAAACGACCCCUCAGACCAGAAGCUGUAAUUGUCACUGCGAGCUCAAUCAAGCCUCUGAGCAGCUCUUCCCGACGCCCCUGCUGCCCCUCCUGCCCCUGCUGGCUGGAGCCCUCUUCUCGUGCUGAAACCCGGCCCUUCCCAGCUGCAGGGAGCCGGGGUCCCGCAGCUGGGCCUGGCCCAGGGUCCCGGGACGCCUCGGAGCCUCACAGGGGCACAGAGCUGGGCGGUUCCCGCCGGAGCACCCGGACACCUCGGGCGUCCCGGCUUGCAGUUGGCGCGCGGGGGCUGUGGCCGCAGGCAGGGCGGCCGCCAGGAGGCGGUGUGCACCCUUCUCCGCCGCCGAGAACGCGGAUCGAACCCAGCGCCCGCCCUCCGCUGUGGCUCCGCGAACGAAGGGGACAGCGUACCUAGGCUGUGAGCUGGCUCCUGCCGAGCUGACUCGCUUUCUGGGGAUGUGCGCUCCCGAUUCUCCACAACUGGUCGUACUGGUGACAUGCGGUGACAGUAACCUGCCUAGAUGGUUAAACGGGACCGAGGUCGAACCCCAGUACCCCCCGAAGCCGAUGAUACGGUUCCGAGGCUUCUUGCCAUGCUCUCCCCCUUUACAGUCGCUGCCCCAGGGCAGGGAGGUAGAGCCAGCGCUGCUAACCUCCUCUGAGCGUGUGCUUCAGGUCCUGGCUGACGUCAGCGGUGACGUGGAUGGGAUUUCUCCGUGUUUGGCCCCGCUGGUGUCAUCUCAGGCCCCCCUCAUCCCAGCACACAACCUGGAGGUUCACCCCGAACUCAGGACUGCCUGAUUCAGUUGGAAGGGAGCCCGCCGGACCUGCCUCUGUCACCAACUGAAGGUUCCUCUCAGCCCAGCUUGGCUCCCACCCGCACGGUGCUGCGGCAAAGGCAGGACCCUCACAGCGGUGCUGCUGCUGCUGCCUCCUCCUCCUCCUCCCCGUUCCCCUUCUAACAUUUUAGUUUUAAUUCUGGGUCUGCGCGGAUGGGGGUGGGGUGCCUGUGAGUACAGGAGCCUGAGGGUACCAGAGGUGCUGGAUCCUCUUGGAGCUGGAGCUGCUGUGAGUCCCGAGUCAGGGACGUAGGACUCGGGCCUCUACAAGAGCAGCUUUUAACCGCCGAGCCCGGCUGCAGUCUCUCCCGUUGCCUUCUUGGCACUCCCAGGGUGAGGAGCGAAGUCUGAGGCAGCUUCCUUCAACCCAGCUUCCUCAUAGAGUCAUGACCUAGAUCAUUGCUUCUAGAAUAGUCCAUAUCAGAAUCAUCUCAUGGGAAUUAUUUUUUUUCAAGGCUCCGUGUGUGUGUGUGUGGGGGGGGGGCCCUGGCUGUCCUGGAACUCAUCAUGUAGACCAGGCUGACGUUAACUCACAGAGAUGUGUCUGCCUCCGUCUUCCCAGUGCUGGGAUCAAAGCCGUGCGCCACCACCAUUCAACUUCCCAUCGGUGUUUGGGAAUGCAGAUUCUAGGCUGGAGACAUGGCCCGGAGGUUAAGAGCACAGGCUGCCCUUCCAAAAGUCCUGAGUUCAAUUCCCAGAAACCACAUGGAGGCUCAUAGCUCAUCAUCUCUAUAACGAGAUCUGGUGCCAUCUGCUGGACUGCAGACAUACAUGUAUUCUGUAUAAAUAAUAAAUAAAUAAAUCUUAAAAAAAAAAAAAAAAACAAAAAAAAACAAAAAAAGAAUGCAGAUUCCAUUCCCUUCAUUCUGGGGAACUGACAGUCUGGGAGAUGUGAGCUGUGAGGGACUGGGGCACUGGUCUUCUCAGAGCGCUGCCUUCUCUCCCAGGGACCACCUCUCCUUGUGUUCUCACAGUUCUUGUUUCCUUGAAGGAAUGAAUGCAGCCGAGGCAUUGGCAGUUUGAGUCCUUCAUUCAGUAAGGCAAAAGAACCAAGCUGGCCAAGCAGAGUCUUCUGAGAAGAGAUUGAGUGGGCUACCCCAAGGUGGGAAGCAGCCUAAUGGACUCAACCAGUGAUGUUUUAUUAUGAAUACCUAUGAGGUGGAAUAUUUAUUGGGUAAUAGGACCCUUUCUCCUCAAAUCAUGGUGGGCCAAAUCUUCCUUUUAGGAUAAUUCCAUUGUUAGCUCCACAAAAGGGAAGGGGUGUCCAAAGGCUUCAGACCUGUUGUUGGCGCAGGUAUAUAGGUUGAGGGUCCUUGCCGGUUAGUUUCUGGGGAGCUUCAAGGACGGACAAGCUGACUGUCAGGAGGCAGUACCAGGAUGCAGCUCUAGUUUCCUCUCAUCACCCUCUCUUCCUGUCUGCAGGAUGGUCUCUGCUGGAUUCUGGGGGGGAUUUCAGAGAAGCCAUUUCACUCGCAGUUUAGUGUGGGGCCCUGCUGGAUAAGGGUGAAGUCUCUGGAGAGCCAGUUGUUUGUGCUCCAUCUGUGAUGCUAGACUCCCUUUUCCAGGCAGGGUUCCAAGAGUCUUCCCCCACCCCAUCUGAGUGAUCUCAGGUCUUGCAAGGAGGCAGGUCCCUUCCCCAAUAAGGAAACUGCUGUAGCAAGCAUCUAGGAAUUCCUAGAAAUGUUCCCCCCCCCCCGCUAAGGCUUAGUCCAGCAGUGACCUUCAGCUGGACUUGGAGAUCCCCCAGGCCCUACAUUGGAUAAUUAAGUGCUGUAUUUUCCUUCUUGUGUCAAGUAUCCCUGACCCCCUGGCCCCAUGGAACCAAACACAUUCACCCUUGAAAUAUCUCCCUCUUUCCGGGGUUUACAUUGCCCUUGAUUUCACAUGAAUAAAGGUUUGCGUUUUCUCACUUCAA